AUGAAGCCGCAUUUAAUCUACACCCUCUUCCUCCUCUUCUUUCUCCCUUCACCUUCCGAUCGCCUGGUUUCGUCAGUCAAGAUCAAACCAUCGCAGGAGAACGCGUUAUUAGCUCUCAAGGGUGCUUAUAGCGGAUUCACUGGCUCCACUUCGUGGGCGAAAGGCGCCGAUUGCUCGAAAUGGGUCGGCGUCGCCUGCGGUCCCGUGGGAAACAUGCUGAACCUCGCGAAUAACGCCCUGCUCGGGCCGCUGACGACGACUCUCUCCAAGCUGACUCGCUUACAGCAUCUAGACCUUUCGAGCAACCUCUUCAACAAGAACCCUAACUACAUCUGGAACCUCACGCAGCUGACUUACCUCGACAUCUCCAAGACACUCGUCAGCGGGCCGCUUUCACCGUCCAUUGGCGCGCUUACCAACCUCAAGGUUCUAAACGUGUCCAAUACUUACCUCUCAGGAGAAAUUCCCGACGAGUUCAGUCGCCUCGCAAAUCUGCAGUUCGGCCAUUUCGACAAAUGCUUUUUCACGGACCUGCCGGCAAUGUUCCCGGAAAUAGACGGCAGCUCGUCUAACCUGACGUUCUCGGCAAGCGUCAACUUGUUAGCCGACAUGCCCAUCACUUUCCCCGCCUCGGGCGCAGGCGUCGUCGCGAUGGACUUGGCGGGGAACCACAUCGCAUCGCUCCCGACGGAAAUCGUGCUAAUGAGCGACCUGACCAGCCUGAACCUUGCUGGGAACGGCAUCGACGGACAGAUGGCGGACUACGACUGGCCGAUCCUCGAGAACAUCGAAGGGCUGUUCUUCGGGCGGAAUCUGCUAGCUGGCGAGGUCCCCGUGUCUCUAAGCACGCUCACGAAGCUUAAAUACUUCCACUUCGGCGCUAACGCGCUCAACGGUACCUUGCCUGAAGAGCUGGGAAACCUGUCAGAGCUCUUGAGCUUGGAUUUAAGUGGUAAUGCGGACCUUGGAGGUUAUUUUCCGGUCAGCAUAAACGACCUGCCGAAUCUGACCCGGUUGGUGCUCUCAGGAGACAGCUUCACAGGGCCUCUGCCGCAGCCGGCUCUGGGAGCCCUCAGCACGUUCAUUCUAGACGUGCGGAACAACUCGUUCUCGGGGUCGCCAAUCAUCCAGGGUGUUUGCCCCGCGGAUUACCCCACGCGGCUGAAGGUGGAGGAAAACUGCUUGGAUGUGCUGGCCGACUGCGAAACCACCCAGGCCGUUUGCUCAUGA